CUCGCUCUCUCGACGGAGGCGCACGGCUCUCCGGCUUACGGGAAACGGGAUCGCGAGAAAUUAAUACGUGAAGUGUAAACUACGAGUGUUGCGUGCCAUUCUGGAUUAUGUUUGAAUUGUAAAGUGAUUUUGUGAAAUAUACGGUGAUGAAAAAGUUGUUUUUCAAUUUUAUUAGAUAAGGUGAUGCCAGGGCCCUUGUGAAGCCAUGGCGAGCGGCGCUCUCCUCGUGCUAUGGGUGGUCGCUGUCAUAGCAGACAGCAAACACGAUGUAUCAAACUCCACAGAACCCGAACACACAACAGCAAUUCCAACACCACCGAUACCUCUACGACCAGAAUACGCGCAUCCAGCAGGAGUUGAGGCUCUAGAUCCUUAUAACUCAGAGAAGAUCCAUCCUCCAGCCCACAGAGACUAUUUAGAAGAAGAUUACGACCAUGAGUCACAUAAAGAAGAUGAACAUGAGAACAGGGAUGAUGCGGACGAACUACCUUCUUUAUCAGGAGAUCAUCUUCUGCAAAGUUCCACUGACGAUCUACCAAUCUUCUUACUGGAACCUCAACACGCAUUCGUGGUCAGGAAUAAACCAGCUGCAUUAAGAUGUCGUGCGGCGAAUGCUCUUCAGGUGUAUUUUAAGUGCAAUGACAUUCGUUCGGUUGCUAGCACGCAGUUCGAGUUCGUGGACCCUCAGAGUGGUGUCAGGAUUGUGGAAGCGGAGUGCAACGUGACCAGGGAUCAGUUGGACGAAUAUUUCGGUGAAGACAGGUUCACGUGUACUUGCUACGCUUGGAGCAGUCGAGGGGAUAUUCGGAGUCAGCCGGCUGUCGUAGAAUUGGCAUAUUUGAAGAAACCAUUCGCGGUAUCGCCGAACCCUACUUCAGUGGAGGCAGGGUCUGCAGCGUCACUCCGCUGCACCCCGCCCGCCGCCGCCCCGCCCCCGCGCAUCUCUUGGCUGAAGCACGGCGCCCCACUACAGCAAGACCACAACGUCCUCAUAUCGGCUGAGGGGAACCUGCUCAUAUCCAGGGCUACUUUGCAAGACAUGGCGAACUACAGCUGCGUUGCGGAAAACAUCGCCGGGAAACGAAUCUCGGAGCCCGCACUCCUCACUGUCUACGUGAAUGGCGGCUGGAGCGCCUGGAGCUCCUGGAGUCAGUGCCGGUGCAACGGUCGAGUGUCAGGGGGCCAGCGCCGCACCAGAACCUGCACCGAACCCCAUCCGCUGAACGGUGGUGCACCUUGCCAAGGACAAGCAGUACAACGGACUGCUGACUGCGUGCCCUGUCAAAGCGCUCUGCCGGGCCGCUGGGGCUCAUGGUCGGAGUGGUCAGUCUGCGGAGCCGACUGCAGGCAGACUAGAAGAAGAUCCUGCACUGGAGACACUCCUUGCUCUGGAGCGCAUGCGCAACAUGCUGAUUGCGUCGGCGACUACUGCGGGGUGCAUGGAGUGGCAGCUCACAGCGACAUUCCACUGUACAUCGGCAUCGCAGUUGCCGUGGUGGUGUUCCUUGCUGGUGCUGCAGUCGUCUACAAACUCCUGCAGAGGAAGACCAGGGAUCAUUCACUCUACACCAUGACUAGGACUGAUUUCCAACCGGAGAUGUACCCGGCGGUAGAGAAGCAGUCGCUAUCUUUAGCUCCUGACCUGAUGCAGCACCGACCUCCAAGAUACGAGCACCCGCAGCCAGACAGCAGAGCUGAACAUCAUUACGACGUACCACAUCUGACCAACAGUUACGCGUCUCCAGUGGACCAUCAGAUCACGCCCUGCGCCUCGAGCAAGGGCCAGAGCGACGAUUACGACAGCAAGCCCUACAGUGAAUCCGAGCAUUCAGCCUCAAGCUGCUUUACUAGCUCCGGAUCCAUGUACGACGCGGCAAAUGAGUCAGUAACACUCCAACUAGCGGAACUCGUGUCAAACUCACCCACAUCUCAAUCCAUGUGUGUUUCGGGAGCUGGUGCAAGACUUGCCUUGCCGGCUGCGGGAGUAGCCUUAUCCGUUCCUGAAGGAGCCUUUAGUAGGGGACGAAGAGAACAGAUAUACGUCGCUGUUGUAAAAGACGAUCGAUACAGACCGAGACUUGGGAAAGGUAUCACGCAACUGAGCCCGGUGGUUAAAUGCGGCCCACCCCGCCUUCAAUUAAACAAGUCGCUCAUCCUGCAAAUGCCACACUGCGCCAGCCUCAAGCACGGCUUCUGGAACCUGUCCCUGUACGCCAUCGACCAUAGCAACAAGGAUAGCGCUCAGCCUCAGUGGAAGAAGAUCGUAGGUCUCGGACAAGAAACUAUUAAUACUCCGGUCUUCACGCAGCUCGAUAACGACAAAAUAUUCCUUGUUACCGACAUGCUGUCCACCUUCGUACUGGUCGGCGAGAGUUUCAACGGGAAAGCGGUAAAGGCGCUUCAGUUAGCAAUAUACGCUCCAGCAGUGCUGAAUGAAACUUGUUCCGAAUAUAAUAUUAGGCUUUAUGUGUUUGAAGACACCCCAUGCGCCGCGUACUACUGUCAGGAACAAGAGAAGAAGUUAGGCGGCGUGUUACUCGAGCGUCCUAAGACGUUGCUAUUCCAAGAUGGCGGCUCCAAUUUAUGUUUGAAUUUGGAACACGUCAGUCCUGGUUGGAAAGCUAAGCCGGGUAUCGGUUACCAAGAAAUACCUUUUAAUCACGUUUGGAGUUCCAACUAUAACGCGCUCCAUUGCAGCUUCGUGCUCGAACGUACUCAUGACUGCGACAACAUAGACUUCAGUGUAUCAGCGUGCCAGCGAACCAAUCCAUCUUACAAACAGACAUUCCGAAUAUCGCUGGAGGACGUGAGGAGCCGGUCGCCACGAGGUAGGUCACCACGCGCGGAGUCCCAGCGUAGUUUCAACAUUACGGAGAAUUUACUCGAAGCUAGGAUGUGCAGAAGUGAAGAUGGGAACGAUAGCGUGAAAAGAAGCAUCACUGUCAACGAAACAGGAGUCAACGAAUGCGCAGGAGAAGGACCAUUCAAACUGAGUGGAAGGAUUAAGAGGCAAUUGUGCUCGAUUCUGGACCCUCCUAACGCCCGUGGGAAUGACUGGAGGGCUUUAGCUUCGAGACUUGGUGUGGACAGGUACACCACUUGGUUUGCUACCAAGAACUCACCUACAGAAGCUAUUCUGGAGCUUUGGGAGUGCAGGGAGAGGGGAGCUGGGGCCACAGCGGCCCUCGCAGCAGCUCUCCGUCAGAUGGACAGACACGACGCAGCCGACCUCCUCCAAGGCCGGCCCUCUUGGUUAUGAAUCAAUACUUAUUAAUAUUGAAUAUUUUAAUGGACUGUUGUGAGUAAAUUGUGAAAUAUUGUGGAUUUGUUUGUAGGGUCAAUGUUAUAUUAGAGAAAGAAUAGUUUGGAAGGCCGACGGCCUAAUGUAAAAUCUUUGGUAGUAUAUUUUGUAUAGCAUUAUUCUACGCUGUAGAUAAGCGAUGGAUAAAUUAUAUAAUAGUAGCAAUAAUAGUGCCUAAAACGUCUUUUAAAGAACAACAUCGACGCUAGGUCGGUUGGUUGAUUUGUUAAUUUUUUUAUAGUGUUUCCGAGUGUUUGGGAUGUGCAUGAAUUCUCCAUUGUUUGCAUAUUAUUUGAACUUUGUGCCAAAUUGAUGCGUCAUGUUAUAUUUCUGAGCUGUUAUACGGGCUAAACGUUUAUCUGAUUGCGAAGAUUUUGUAUGUUAUUAUUGUGUUAGUCAACUUCAGUCGUCACGUGAUUCACUUAAAUAAUCUAGGUGGCUAUGCCAAGCAUUGAAACUAUAUAUACUACGAAAUCGUCAUCAAAAUAAAAUUUAUAUGAAUUACUGAUAUAGCCCGUAGAAAAAGAGAAUACAAAAGGCGGCUACAAUGUUAUUAUUGUGAAGCAGUAUUUUACCACUUUUAUGUGCUUUCUUUCCGUUUUCCCGGAGUGUGCGUUGCUCCAUAAAAAUGAAAUAAUGAGGUAAUGGUCUUACUUUAUUCCUAUCUUUAUAGAGAGUACAAACAAAGCAUUUUUACACAUACAUUUACGCUAUGCCUAUGCCCAUAGCGAUUAUCGUAAUUCGUCGAUGUUCGGAAUAGCCAUCAGUAUACGACACAAAUUAUAUAAAAGCAUCAAUUCAAUACUUAAAAAUUGUAAUCGUAAUUUUAAUGGAUAUAUCUCUAACAGCAGUGACAUAGGAUAAAAAUCCUUUCAGUACUUUACCAGUAUCAGUAACGAUUCAAAUACCGACCCCAGUAUACAUAUAUAAACCGAAUACAUCGAUUUUUAAACAUAGCUUACUAAUUGUCAGAUAAUUUUACAUUUAGGUCAAAUACAUGUUCGUCGUCAUAAAAUAUUCAAUACUUACUAAUAA